AUGAAUGUGUUCUUUGACGGAUAUGUACACUCAAAGACUUCAUUGAAACAGUUUGUAGAACAAUAUGAGCGAGCACUAAGGAAUAAGGUUGAAAAGGAAUUUCAAGCUGAUUUCAAAUCAUAUUCACAAAUGCUACCAUGCGUAAGUAUGUUUGAAAUGGAGAAACAAUUUCAAUCUGUUUAUACCAUCUCAAAAUUCAAGGAGGUUCAGGAGGAGUUUAUAGGGAAGAUGUAUUGUGACCUCAUAUCUACUUCAGAAAAUAGUUUUGGGACAAUGUACGAGGUCUGCGAAGUUGUGGCAUGCGGCGAGCGAAUGAAGAAAAAAACAUUUUUUGUGUCAUUUCAAAAGGAGAAUUGUCAAUUCAUUUGCAGCUGUCACUUGUUCGAGUUUAGGGGUAUAAUUUGUAGGCAUGCGAUAUCGGUGUUGAUCCGUAAUUGCAUCACAUCAAUACCGGAGAGGUACAUACUGAGACGAUGGAGAAGAGAUGUUAGUAGAGCACACGCGAGGGUGGCUGUGAACUACGCUGGGUUGGUUAGUACACCUAGUCAGUUGAGAUAUGAUAGUAUGUGUCAGUCUUUUGCUGGGUUGGCAGAUCUUGCUGCUGAUGAUGACGGGCAGACUCGCGCCAUAAUGGACUGGAUAGAAUCGCAACAUCGACAUCGAGCAAAGGAAAGAGACCAAAUUCGAGUCAGAGUGCUACUCCAGUUGGUACACAAGAACUUCAGGCGUCCCAACAUUAGCAUGAAAAAUUCAGAAAGAAAAUCUUUUGCCUCUUAA